UGAAUCAAAACACCCAUCUUCAAUUUCAGUCAAUAUAAACUGGAGGUCCGAUGUGCAGUUUGGAGAAACGCGGCGAUGUUUUUAUCCUCACAAUCACCGGCGACGGCGACCACCGCUUGAACCCGGAGCUCCUGGGCUCUAUCCAGACGGCGGUCGCGCAGGUCAAGUCGGAGUCGACGCGCUCAACCGCCCUCAUCACCACGGCUCAGGGCAAGUUCUUCUCCAACGGCUACGACCAGGAGUGGGCACUAUCCGACCCUGACCCGGUCAGCGCCGGAGCCCUAACCCGGCCCAAGAACAUCUCGAAGAAGCUCCGCCUCUUGGUGGAGGAGCUAAUUUCCCUCCCCAUGCCCACAAUCGCGGCCGUGAACGGCCACGCCUCCGCCGCUGGUUUCAUCCUGGCCCUCAGCCACGACUACCUCCUCAUGCGGAAGGACAUAGGCUAUCUCUACAUGAGCGAGCUCGACAUUGGUUACCCUAUUCCCCAGUGGUUUGUGCAGGUCGUGAAGAACAAGAUCGCAUCCCCCAAGAUUUGGAGGAGCGUGGUUAUGACGGCGGCCAAGAUCACGGCGGAGAUGGGGGUGGCCUGGGGGAUUGUGGAUUCGGCCCACGAUGGCGCUGAGGCGACGGUGGAGGCGGCGUUGAAGCUGGGGACGGAUUUGAUGAGCAGGAAGUGGGAUGGGGAAGUGUACGCCGCUAACCGGAGAGUCGUGUUUGCUGACGUGUUGGCGGUGCUCGGCUCCGAUGAGACUGUCGGUGAUGCUGAGGUGGCAUCAACAUUGUGAUUUUCCCUGGUCAAUAAUUGGAUCAUCCACAUUGAUUAAAUCAUUACUUCUCAUCCAUAUUUUGGGAUCACUCAUGAGUAUAGUAUUGCAUUGGUUUGACUCAUUUUGAUUAUUUAUAUAUAAAAAAUAUUUUAAAUUUUUGAUUUUUUAAUUUAAUUUAAUUAAUAUAAAAUUUUAAAUUAAAAUUAUAUUAAUUUAAAUGUACCUAAAAAAUUAGUGUGUGUUGGUGCGGGUAGGGGUGGAUCGAGCAUGGAGAGUUGGGUUGGGGGUACAAUUGUACCCUAGAAAAAUAUUUAGUAAUUAAUAAUCCUUUCGUCCCAUCGAAGAUGAGUUGUAUUUUUUUUAACUGUCCUAAUGAAAGUUCAUUUUUAUUUUUGAAAAGAAUAAGGAAAAUUAAGAGUUUAAUUAGCAUAAUUAAUUAUACCCUUAUUUUCUUAAUUUAAGUUAAGAAGGCAAUUAACCCAAUUUUAAAUUCGGCCUUCAUUUUACCGAGUCUCUCGAACAUUCAUCACCCCACAUUCUUGAAACCCUAUUUUGCUCUCUUUCGCCUUCUCUCUUUGGGUAUCUCUCAAAAGUUCUUCUUCGUCUCUUCCAAUCUACUCUUAUUAGCUUUUCGAUCUGCUUCGGAAAGAGCUACCACAUAUGUGCAUCUCGUUGAUUUUAUCUCUCUUCCCCUCCCCCAUUGAUUAAUGGCUGAAAACCCUACCCAACCUUCGCCGCCCUUUUCUUCGCCUCUUUCUGUGUGGGUUGUUUCUCGCCGCCACCGAAGGAGUAACCUACUCCCACGCCAUGAUGUCUUUGAGUGGAGGGGGAGGCAUCGUCGGGGAAAACCCUUCCCAUCGUUGCGAACCUCCUUCGGCCAUGAUAUUUAUUCUCACCGCCAACGGCCGUGAGAUACUUCCAUUGCCACCCCAUGUUGCCACCACGGGCAUGAAUCUGUACUUUACCAAAGGCGGCCUCCAACCCUUUACGAUCGACAAUCUUUCUGAUGAUGAAGCUGGUCUAUCUUACCUGAGCGACAGGAUCGUUGGCGGCGUGGAAGACUCACGUAUGGAGGGGAGCUAUGAUAUUUGAGAGUAUUUCUUUCCCUCCACCGAUGUACUUUCUGUAGGAUCCUUCCGAAGAAGGGUGACAACGACUGUGGCAGAGGUGGAGAUAGCAUUUCAAAUGACUGAACUACUAUUUUUAGUAGCUCAUCCAUUAUAUUGCAUGUUGUCUCUAUUUGUAGAGAUUGGAUGACUCUAGACCAUCCCAAAUUAUUGACACUGCAGUCCGGAGAAUUUGGUGGUUGUUGUACCAAUGCGAUCAACCCAUCUCCUUACCGUACUCUAACUUAUUGUGCCUCUUUUUGUGUAUUCUAUACUAGAGAGUAAUGUAUUAUAUGUCAAUGUCCAAAAUCUUGUUUGUCUUUCUAAAUUUCUUACCACUUACAAGAUGUAUGACCUCUUAUCUUUGUUAUUGUUUCUUAGCAACCCCCACAACCUUACACAGUUACACCAUUUGUCGUGAAACGGAAAACUUGAGUUGAGCCUCUUUAAGCUUGCCUCGAGAUGGUUUUCCAUCAAUGCACCACUGAAAAUAAAUUACACGAUCUGAUUGUGUUGCUUGGUUGAUAAGGCCUUCACCAUGACUGCCUCCCCUUAUAAUUUUAAAAUUUUUAGAAGUAUAAUGCAUUGUAUCUUUUAUUUGGGAUUUAUAAGAAGGAAGGAUGGGUGAAGCUUUUAAGUUUAGAAUUGGAUUCUGAAAAUUGAAAAAUGUAAUAGCGCUACUUUUUCAGUUUUUUGAUAUAGGUGGUUUGUGGCGGCUAUGCAAUGGCGCCACUUUAUGUACUCAGAUUUUAAUUUAAUGAAAUUUUAGUUUGUUGU